AUGAAACCAGGCCUUAGUGAGGUGACCAUAAGGACAAAGAAGAACGGGAUUGAAGAUCAAAUGUCUGUUGAAGAGAGUCUGAGUGGGUGUGGGUUUCUUGGAGAUGGUGAUAUUGGCAGAGGUGGGCAUAGGAGGCUGACAAGUGGUUGGGCGAGAAGCAGUGGAGGUUUUAGGGCAUUUGCAAUUGGAAGCAGCCAAUGGAAUGGGCAUGGUGACUUGCAAGCAAACGCAUUGAAGAUGGCCUACUUAAUGACAGCUGUGACAGGUGCGGAUUUCUUUUGGGCGUUCAGCACAGUCUUCAAUAACAUGACACAUAUCCUUGCAAGACUUGCAAUGCAUACCCAUCUUAUUCUAAGUGGCAACGAAUGUGGCUGUGUUAUACAGAUCAUAAGUGAUGUGAUGGGUCAGGAGUUUCAAUGUGUAGUUGGAGUUUGGAGGUUGAGCAAUGUAGUGUGUAAGACAGGAACAGAGACCAGUGUGGUGAGCAGAGAGAACAACAUUAGGAAGCUGAGUAAGAUUCAGUUAGAAGAGUUGAGAAGUGGAAAGAAUGGCAGGGAUGGGGUAGAUCGUCUUAUCCAAAAUAGUGAGGCCCUGUGGCAAGACAGAAGAGCUGAGAUCAGCAGAAGCAAAAACUAUUUCGAUAGAGAUGAUAGAGUUCUUGGUCGUAGUGAUGACAACAAAAAUUUGGUCAUCAGUAAACAAGGCGUGGGAUACUGUAUAGAAGGCAUUCAGUCAGUUUGA